GGCGCCGGUGUGGGUGACGUCACAGCCAAUGGCCGGGCAGCGCGGGACUUUCGAGUGGGUUUCUCCGCCCCGUUGGGAAGCCGGUACGUAUAAAGACGGCUGCGUUGGCGCUCUCUGGGCAGCGUCUCCUCUGUUGUCUCGCGCACGGUUCCUUCGGCCAUGGCCCGCACGAAGCAGACGGCCCGUAAGUCCACCGGUGGCAAGGCCCCGCGGAAGCAGCUGGCCACCAAGGCGGCCCGCAAGAGCGCACCGGCCACUGGCGGCGUGAAGAAGCCGCACCGCUACCGGCCCGGCACCGUGGCGCUGCGCGAGAUCCGGCGCUACCAGAAGUCCACCGAGCUGCUGAUCCGCAAGCUGCCGUUCCAGCGCCUGGUGCGCGAGAUCGCGCAGGACUUCAAGACGGACCUGCGCUUCCAGAGCUCGGCGGUGAUGGCGCUGCAGGAGGCCAGCGAGGCCUACCUGGUGGGGCUCUUCGAGGACACCAACCUGUGCGCCAUCCACGCCAAGCGUGUCACCAUCAUGCCCAAGGACAUCCAGCUGGCCCGCCGCAUCCGCGGGGAGCGCGCUUGAGUCAUCCCGAGUUCUUAGACCACCAACAAAAGGCUCUUUUCAGAGCCACCCACAGGCCCUCAGAAGGAGCUGUUCACUUUGUACUGUCUGAGCGGGGUUGCCUCCGGUGGAACCUGGAGGAGGGGGUGACCCCCUGAGAGUGCCACUGAGAGUGUUGUGUGGUCUUGGGUCUGGGAGGCCAAGAGCCAGAAGUCAGAUAUACAGCUCACAGUUCCACUGGGCUGGGGCAAGCAGGUAGAGGCAGAGCUGAUCCACUGGAAACUGGAGAAUGCCGGGCCUACCAGUGAGUGGACAGCAUUCUGGUUGCCCAACAGCUUUGUCCCAAGCGGGACUAAACAGGCAAGAUGGGAUGGAAUAUAGGAGGCUUCGGGAGUAUCCUUCACAACAGGUCUGAGCAAGGUGGAGGCAGAGCUGGCCUUGCCAUCGAGGAGACCUGACUUCCAGCCCAUAAUUGCCAUACUAGAUUACUAGACCUGAGUACUCAAUGUAGUCGCUGUUUCUAUAGGGCAUUGUUUGGGGAUUACAUCUUGGGUUGUCAGUAGUAUCAGCAAUAUCCAGUGACACAGUCACACCCUUCCUUUUUAUUCUCCCUCUCAGGCCUUGGUAGUCUGACAACUAGGAAUUAACAUUCAUUGCUGAGACCUAUCCUUCAGGAUUCUGUGCAUACAUCAACUUGACAAGUUCGUUUCCUCCCCUAUUCCCACCUGAUCAUUUUUAAAUGCCAGCACAACUGUCAAAUAAUGGUGGAGACAGUUCUGGAUAGGAAUGGACCCCAGAUGUCAAGUAUCUCCUAUCCCUUGUCUAGCAUUCUGCAAGCUCAAAUUGUCCUCUGCUUUUCCUUGGCCUGGACACAGUUGUCUGUUGAGAUUGGAUGUUUGGCCUGAACUUUGAGGACAUUGGUAAUUAGCUAAGGUCAUUGGGACCUAGAUCUUAGUGGUGACCUUCCCUCCUCUAGUCCACUGUCUCCGGCUUCUGGGAAUUUUUCCUGAGAAGGAAACUUGGACUUUGUCUAAAUCUUUGAGAAGUUAUCCAACCCAAGUCUUUCUGAGUUCAAUAUACUGGUGGUCAUUGAAUCAGGGACACAGCAUGUCUCCCUCUUUUCUCUGCCAGCACCUGGGAGUCCCCAGAGCCCAGCUCUGUAGGUUAGAAUGGAAGACAAGGACCGAGGUUGUUUAAUUGGUUGUAGUGGGACAAGAUCUUGCAAAGCUUGUAGUAAACUGGGUCUCCCCAUCGCCCCAACAGGCCUGGAACUUACCUUGUAGACCAGGCUGGACUCCAUCGCAUGGUGAUCUACCUGCCUCUGCCUCUCCCUCUGAUUCUGCCUCUGCCCCUUUGCCCCUCUGCCCCU